CUUCUUUCAAUUCUUGUAUAUACAGCGCUAGAAGGGUCAGUGACUCCCGAGUUAAGAGUGGCCCGUGCUCCACCAUACCGUCGGGCGUGAUCACUUUGGGGAAGGAAGUAAUUUUGGGCGAUGAGAGCUGUAAUCAUGAGAACCUCACCCAACCUUAAUUCACAAUAUCAAAAUGGAGGACACCCAACCCAACGAUCCAAUUGCAGAGCUCAUUACAAAUUAUCAUGAACUUAACAGUUCCAUCAUCGACGAGCUCGACGAAGAACCGAGCCCACUCGAAUUUAUGAGAUAUGUCGCCCGAAACACCCCCUUCGUAGUGAGAGGUGGUGCAGCCGACUGGCAAGCAACACGAACAUGGACAGUCGACUAUCUAAAGGACUUCCUCGGCGACGAGCUAGUCAACGUUGCCGUGACUCCAGCGGGCAACGCCGACGCCCCAACCCCUUACACCUCCCCCGACGACGGCAGCACCACCCUCGUCCUCGCCAAACCCCACGAAGAAGACCAACCCUUCAGCACCUUCCUCGACUACCUCACAACCCCCCCAACCCCAACAGGCGCCCCCCCUAGUACCAACAAAAAAGAAACCCGCUACGCCCAAACCCAAAACGACAACCUGCACCACGAAUACCGCGCCCUCCUCACCCACGUGCCCGCCACCAUCCCCUGGGCGCGGAUCGCGCUUUGCCGCAGCCCCGACGCCGUCAACCUGUGGGUGGGCAACGGGGCGUCGGUGACGGCGCUGCACCGCGACAGCUACGAGAACGUGUACGUGCAGGUGGCCGGGCGCAAGCACUUCGUGCUGGUGCCGCCGGCGUGCCAGGCCGGGGUCGCGGAGAGGGCGCUGCGGUCGGGGGUUUAUGUGCGUGCCGGUGAUGGGGGAGGUGGUGGAGAUGGGGAUGGGGAUGGGGAGGACAGGGAGAAGGGUGGGGAGGGGUUGAGGUUGGUGCUGGAGGAGGGGGUUGAGCCGGUGCCCUUCGCGACGUGGGACCCUGAUAGGCCCGAGGUGAAUGCAACGCCGUAUUCGAGGCUGGUGCAGCCGAUGAGGGUGACGCUGGAGCCAGGGGAUAUGUUGUAUUUGCCUUGCUUGUGGUAUCACAAGGUGUCGCAAAGCUGCUCGCCCGAGGGGGUGUGUAUCGCCGUCAACUACUGGUACGACAUGGACUUUACCGGGCCCCUCUACCCACUGAGCACAUUCGUCAGGUCAGUGUCAAAUCAAAGAAAGUAGCACGCAGAACCACGGCGAUGCGGCGCUUGGACAGUUGAUAUUCCAACACCAAGGCAUUGCGA